GCGUAUGCAGAACAAAAGCUACAUGAGUUGUACGCCAACAACAUGUUGGAGUUUCGAGCGCCUUUCUACGCACUCGAAACGGCACCGUCUCGUGGCAUUGACUGAUGCAUGCCGCAACCUCCGCCGGCGAGUCAGCGUCCGGGAGGGGGUGGUGGAGGAGACGAAGGAGACGGCGGAGGUGGCGGAGGAGACGGCUCACAGUUUGUCGGAAAGGGGACGGGCGAGACAUCGUCGGUAGAGAAGGCGUCCGGCGGAAAGGGGUCGGGCGGAAAGGAGUCGGGCAGGAGGGGGUCGGGCGGGAAGGGGUCGGGCGGAAAGCGUAGAACGUCCGGAAGUCCCCAGUAUAUGGAAACUGACCCCCACUGUGUAGGGAGUCGAGAUUCCGACAUGCGAAAUAAGGCCAUCCUGACGUCUGAUCAAGUGCAAGAAGAUUCGCACUUGUCUGCGAGGACUUUGUUUCUCGUUGCCCAGGAGAGUCCAUCCCGCCGUGCACAGCAGAGGUCUCAUGUGCUCAAUACCUUGCUGCUGAAAGAGGGCGCGUCUUCGUUUUGCCUGGAGGGCGGGAUGCCUGCAUUGCGAAGGAGCGAAGGUGCGAUCUGCGGUUCCCUCGGCUCGGGCGACCGCCACAAACUCCGAAUACAUUCGGAUUUGCUGACGUCGCCCUCCGCCAUAAGUGCUCCUCAUGCAACAGUUCCGCUGGGCCAAGAAAAUGUGACGUCCUACCCCCCCCAUCUUCAGUUGGACAUAGGGUUACCCUGCUUGCCUCCUUUCUCAUGUGUUGAGACUCGAGACUGGCGGUCUCGCGACGUGCUGGAUGGGCCCUCUCCAGGAGUGUUGGAGACCGGGGGUAGCGAGCACAAACGUCACACUCCUGGGGAAGACGAGCGCUCUCCGGGAACGCGUGUUGUACAUCGGGAAGAGGAGACUCAACGCUGGCAGUCUCGCAAAGUGUUGAAGACCGGGGGUAGCGAGUGUGAACGUCAUGCUUCGGAGGGUGCGUCCUGGCUCCACGCACGAGCGCUGGUGAUCGGGAUGUCCGAAGAGGUUCUGCACAAUCGUUCAGCUGUGGCCACGACGCGAGAGGGUGUCGUUAUGGGAGGUCGGUGGACGUCCGUGCAAGCUCUCGUUCUUGGCGACGAUGAAGACGAAGAAGAACCCGCGGUGGAAGCUCGGGUUCAUGGCGAUGAGAAAGGCGGAGAAACCGUGGUGGAAGGCAAGGAGGUGACUGUCGACAUCCGGACGGAUCCACAGCGGAAAGAUGGUGAUUCUUCGCCCACCCGUUGCGGUGAAGACCAGGGUGGUCGACCGUCUGUCCUGAGCACCGCUCGGGGAAUGGUGCUUCAUGAAGCCACAGAGUUGGGUGACGACUCGACAGCCACCGAGCUGCUUAGCGACUCAAUCGUGGCCGAGUUGCAGAACGUCGAAUCCUCCGUGGAAGGCGGUGAGGUGACCGUCAGCAUCAAGAUGGAUCCAGAGCGGAAAGAUCAUGAUUCUCCGUCCACCCGUUGCGGUGCCGAACAGGGUGAUCAAGCAUCUGUCCUCAGUACCGGUCGGGAAAUGGUGCUUCAUGAAGCCAUCGACUUGCCAAGCGACUCAUCUGCCACCGAGCUGGUUAGCGACACAGCCGUGGCCGAUGUCCAGAACCUCGAAUCGUCCGUGGACGUUGGCGCAAUGGCGCGACAAGAGGGCGAGUUCCCUCAAAGGGUUCCCGGGCACGGAAAGAUUUGUGAAUAGGACCACUCGCAUAUCUGUCAAUAGCCAGCUCCGUGU